CACGCAUUCAGAUUGUAUCCUGACGAUGAAGUCCACAAGCUGACACCGUUAACUCCUAUCUCCGACAUAUACUUCCAUCUCUUCUAAACCCGGCAAGUUCCCAUAGAAUACCAAAGAACAGUCCCUCCAUGCUCUAUUAUAUCUGCAAUUCAUUCUCGCAGCUCAGAAAUGUCUACCCUCCAACCCCCUCGCCACCCCGACACCAACCUAGUCAUAACGGGCCACAACACCAAUGGCACCACAACAAUCCUUUCAAAAACUCAACCCGAGUCGCACCCCGUCGGCGACGGCACACACAUAAACCCCCUCUUCUCUAGCUCUACCUUCCCAGCCGACAUAUCCCAGACCAUAAUAUCUCCGCCCGACUUGGAUGACGGAAACAAAGGCUCCUUCUUUACAACCUACGACAUCCCACCGAGCUACACUGGGCCGCAACAUCGCAGCGUCACUAUCGAUCAUGUUAUUGUGACUAAGGGCAGAGUUGUGCUUACGUUGGGGGAUGGGGCGAGGGUGGAGCUUAAGGAGGGGGAUACAGUUGUGCAGAGGGGAACAAUGCAUGCUUGGAGUAAUGAGAGUGGGGAGUGGGCGAGGUUGGUUUCGGUUUUGAUGCCGGCGAGGCCAAUUUCUAUAGGGAGUGGAGAGGAGUUGGGGGCUGUUUGGCCGUUUUGAAGGGUGGGUUGGGUAUUGUGAUGGAGAUUAUUGGGGGUUGGUGGGAAUCUCAUUAACGAGCAAGUAUAUGAAUGAGCUCGGGCUCAGAGCAAAUGCGCGAGUCAAUACACAAAUGUUCAUUAAGUACUGGGAGUCAGUAGAUAUGAGACCGCUAUUCUUCUGCGCAAGUCGAUCACUUGUGAUUAGGGAUAAAUCAUAUAAAAGUGACUCUUUAAAU